GGCUUGGAACCAAAUGAGGUGAAAACGAGUUUCUCUGUUAUUUUCAGAGGUUAGAAUAGCUACACCUCCCCCAUGAGGAAGACACAUUUCUGUGCCCUUGUGAUUGUAACCUUCAUCAUCCUCGGCUACCAGUUCCACAGAUCUGAGAUCCAGAUAACCAACUCCAGAGGUCUCAAGAGACAAGUAGAAAACAUUAUAGUUGCUACAACUCUUGGAUCUGUUAUGAACCAUUCAACAACCAAAGACGGCGGGAGCACAACUGGACCAGUGAAAGGUGACACCCCGAGCUGUAAUAGGAUGGAGUGGACCAAAAAGGACGAAGAAGUAAAAGGCAUCGUCGCAAAACUGGACCAAAUGGUUCCCAAUGUCCAUUUCACAGAUAUAAUGACCACCACAAGUGCCCAGAAGAGUGAGGCCACCUUAUUAAACAACAAGUAUUUUUAUUGUGUUGGAGACCCCUUGCUGGUUCAACUGGAUUUGUACAACCACUUGGGAAAGAGAAAAGAAUACGGAGGAGACUUCUUACAAGCGAGGAUCAUCUCUUCCAGUCUUAAUGCUGGAGCUUCUGGGAGCAUCACAGACUACAGGAAUGGGACAUAUCUGGUCAAUUUCACUUUAUUCUGGCCUGGCAAUGUUAAAGUAUCCCUUAUGCUCAUCCACCCCAGCGAAGGAGUUUCAGCACUGUGGGCUGCGAGGAAGAAGGGCUACGGCAAAAUAGCUUUCGUAGGCACAUUUUUAAAUGGAACAUCAACUGUCUCCAGUGACUGUGGUUAUAAUAUAACAGUAAAAGAGCGGUGUGAUUAUCUUGAUGAGCGAGACCAAGAGGCCUUCUACUGUGUGAAGCCAAACAAUGUGUCAUGUGAUGCUUUGAUCCGCCUGAAAACCUACAAUGAAAAGGUCACGUAUCUCACAGACUUGGAACACAGCCUUUUAAAUAGGUCAAACAUCGGAUGCAACAUCCCUCAGUCUUUUGGAACCUUUCGGGUCAUAGCCUGUAAAGGCAAGAAGGCAACUGUGGCAGAGGGGAAAUGUGGGGCUGGAAUGAGCUAUCCAUCUCCCAGUGGCUUCGUCUGGAAGAACGAGUGGUAUCCUGUGUUCUGCCGUGUGCUCAGCUUCAGAAACCUCAAGAGAAUUAAAAGUUGUUUGAAACGAAAGAUUAUUUACCUCCUGGGAGAUUCAACUUUGAGACAAUGGAUGUGGUAUAUCACAGAUAAAAUCCAAUCAUUUCAGUAUUUUGACCUUCAUGGAACGGGUAAGCAGAAGAAUAUGAUGGCUCUGGACAUGAAAAGAAACAGCCAGAUCCAGUGGAAGAAGCACAGCCACCCUUUCGUCACCGUCCUUGAAUACAUGACAGCAGAUCACAGCUACAUCGCUCGGGAGAUUGACAACGUGGCAGGCGACGGAGACACGGUGGUUGCCGUCUCCCUAGGCCACCACUUCCGCCCCUUCCCCAUCGAGCUCUUCAUUCGAAGGAUGAUCAACAUCCGGGGAGCCAUCCAGCGCCUUCUCGUGAGGAGUCCAGAUACAAAAGUCAUCAUCAAAGCAGAGAACACCAGGGAGAUAGACAUCGACCAGGAGCGAUUUGGGGACUUCCAUGGUUAUGCCCAAUACCUUGCGCUAAAGGACAUUUUUCGAGAUUUAAAGGUCUGCUUCAUUGAUGCCUGGGACAUGGCAAUUGCCUAUGGCACAAACCUGGUUCACCCACCAGAUCACGUGGUCGGAAGUCAGAUUGAUAUGUUUUUGUCUUACAUAUGUUAAGGCAGUAAAAUAAACCCAGAGUGAAAGCUUUAAUUAUGCAAAGGAAAGGAUUUUGAAUGGGGCAAGACAGUCAGCUAAGCAUGUGGAACAUUUUUAUCAGUUGCAUUUAGACACUUAAGGGUGUAAUAAAGCACCAAAGCAAAUAACAGAUGAAGCAGAGGACUUUGGGUCGGAAAAUGUAGCAAUUAACGAUAUGGGACACUUUAUCAGAUAUUGGAUGGAUAAACUUUAUCCCACUGGGUUUCCCUUAGAAUGUCAGGAGAGCCUUGCUAGGUCUUCCCAAAGAUCCUUAUGGGCUAGGAUCAUUUCCCAACAAUUCCUGUUGAGAUGCUUCUGGGAAGCUGUCUGGGAAAGAGAAAGAAUAAUUGGUGUGCCUUCCCUCUCUGCAAAUAUUUGCUUUGGGUAGUAGCAGCUGCUUAUAUUUUAUGGUAUGCUAUUCCAGUCUUGGCCCAGAGCAGGCUUUUGGACACAUUACAGUGCCGAAUUUAUGAGACCAUUGAUCCAUAAAAUGAAAGCAAUAAUCAAUGUACAAAUAAAUAAAAUAGUAUUUUUUAAUGACCUUUAUUGGUUUUACAGAUUUUACAAAUUUCACCAUCAUAAUACAUAUGUUUUCCUUUUAACCUUAAUACUUUAACUCUAAACAAGUUUGUACUUCCCUCCCUCCUUCUUCUGAUUUCUCUAUAUUUUCUUUAUAUUUACGCAUUUGUCAUGUUUACAUUCUAUGUGUACUUAAUACUAUGGAAUAAUACUAUUCAAAAUUUCAUUAAAUAUAUAUCCUUCAGUUGUUGUAAUAU